UAAAAGAUCUGUCCGGAUCCGUCAGCCGUGCUACGUUACUUCGCGAGUUGGUUUGGUCGAAAGGGAGGAAAAAAACGGAGAGAAUCUAUCGCAUUUCCGAGUCUUCGAAAUUCCUUGGGAUAAAUAAUGGCAAAUACGGAAUCACUUGCGGAAGUAACUGAUGUUGUACAAAUUCUACGACAAUGGGAAGAAGAGCAUAAUUCACAAAUGUACGACCCUAUUCCUGUUCUUCAGAGAUUAGCAGAUAUAAUAGAAUUGGAGACUGAAAAUUAUAUGAAGAUGGAUCCAGAUCCGUUUGAUGAAAGACAUCCCUCUCGCACUGAUCCGGAGUGUAAUUUUGGGCAUAUAUUAAAAGUUUUAUUCAGGAAAGAUAACUUUAUGACAAAGUUAAUAAAUGAUUAUUUGAGGGACACAUACUGGUCUCGUGCGGGAAUAACUGGAAGGGAUGUGAGAAAGUUGAACAUUGCUGCCUGCCGCUUGAUGCUAGACAUACUUCCAGGAUUGGAGACAUCCGCGGUGUUCCAACCAGAUAUGGAGGGACUUAUCCACAGAUUAUUCUCUUGGUCGGAGAAGAGUGUCGAACCGUUACAGAGCUACUCGACCGGUCUUCUGGCAGCCGCCAUGGAGGUGCAAGACAUUGCGACGGGAUUCAGGGAUCAGAACGCGAAGAUGGUGCCGCUGAUGCUGCAACGAUUGCACAAGUUGCAACAGAAGGCGCAGGAAGAUCGUCAGCAGAAGGCGCACGAGGAUCGUCAGAAGAACGCGAGGCCGUUCGCUCACUUCGGGCAGGACAGGAACAGCGGCGCCGGCGACCUCGAAGACAAGGGCGUCCCAGGGCGGCACAAGGCGCGCGAGAAGCCACGAAAGAACGGAGUGGUGAAGAGGCAGGAGGUCUCCUCCGACGAGGACGAUUCUUCCACGCGUAAUUCCGACGAUUCGCCGGUAAUCAAGAAGAAGAGGAGCAACUCCGGUUACGAGACCCCGGUAAAGAGCACCGACCUUUAUCCCGAGAUCAUGUCGCCGCCUCUGUCCAUUCCGAAAAGCGCCAACUCCGUCAACAACUCCAGCGUGACGCCGUCCAAGCAGAGCGGCCUCCAGCAGCAGAGGAACGUCCCGGCGUCCGCCAGAUGCAACUUUCAGAAAUUGUCGAACCUAUCCUCGCAGAACUCCAGCACGUUACUGGAGGGGAACUCGAACUCGUCCUGGGCCGAGAUGGAGUCCUACGUGAUCGGCAACGUACAGAUGUACCCGCCUACCCUGGCGACCCGGCAGAUGCUGAUCCUGCGUUACCUCACCCCAAUGGGGGAGUAUCAGGAGUUCCUGGGCCAUGUAUUCGAGCAUAACGCUCUGGACCUGAUACUCAAGUACAUAAACGUACGCGAGACCAAGGACAGCCGGCUCGCUUUCGAGGCCCUUAAGUAUCUCGCGUCCUUGCUUUGUCAUAAGAAGUUCUCGAUUGAGUUCCUGAACGUCGGCGGUUUGCAACGACUCUUAGACGUGCCGAGACCGAGCGUCGCAGCAACAGGUGUGUCUAUAUGUCUGUAUUAUCUCGCGUACUGCGAGGACGCUAUGGAACGAGUGUGUUUAUUGCCGAAGCACAUUAUAUCCGAUCUUGUAACUUAUGCAUUGUGGUUACUGGAACGCAGUCACGACUCCGGACGGUGUCACGCGACUAUGUUCUUCGGUUUUUCCUUUCCUUUCAAAGUUAUACUGGAGGAAUUCGAUGCGCAGGACGGCUUGAGAAAAUUAUUUAAUGUGAUAUCUACAUUGCCAAUUUUAAACCUUGAAGAAGAAUCAACUAUAAAUGACGAUGAGGAAUGUGCCUCGAGGCAAAUUGUGCGACAUGUAGCUGUUGCUUUAAAAAGAUACAUGGAAGCGCAUUUACAUAUGAAAGCAGAACAAUUACAAAGAGCAGAGAAUGUUAGAGCUGAACGUGAUACGUGGCAGCCUUCGUUACCACCUUACAAAGCAUGCAAACUCAGCAGCGAAGAAAUUCAAGCCAAGGUGGAGCUCCUUCAAGAAUUAAUGUCGGUCAGAGCAGUGUGGCCACCAGUGGAAGAGCUUCAUCGCUUGGGUGGUAUCACAUUACUCUUGCAAAUCAUAGCUUUUGCACGUGAAUGGAAUUACAGUGGACGGGUACAUGCUACUUCCAGCGCGGAGACUGUUCGAUCGUGUCUAGACGUAAUCGCAAUUUGUUCCGUUGUACCUAAAGUCAUGUUGCUACUGUGCGAAAGAGUUGAUAUGCCAGAUAUGUCGAUGACGAUGGCGAUUAAUCUUUUGCUAGCGGCGGCCGAAUGUGAAAUUAUCGCGGACGCUGAUGUUCAGAGAGCAGCACUUAGAGCUGUAAUUAAUUGUGUAUGCGCUCCCAUAAAUAGAGUCGGAGGAAAUGUAGCCAGAUAUUCCGUAACUGGAUCUGCUAAGAAAAAGACAAACAUACACAACAGUGAGGAAUUGAUCCAGAAAGUAUGGGAAAGUGUUAGGUCAAAUAAUGGAAUAAUGGUAUUACUGCAAUUAAUGAUGGUAAAAACACCAAUCACUGAUGCCGAUAGUAUACGAGCACUAGCAUGCCGUGCGUUAGCUGGAUUGGCACGUAGUGAGAAAGUCAGGCAAAUUAUUAGCAAACUACCGAUGUUCACAAAUGGACAAAUUCAGUCUCUUAUGAAAGAUCCUAUUUUGCAAGAGAAACGACAGGAGCAUGUUACUUUUCAAAAAUAUGCUCUUGAACUAAUGGAAAGAGUUUCUGGUAAAGCAAAACCAACAGGCGCAGAAUAUGAAAUUUCCUUAGUUAGUUUACACAGGGCCAAUGUUGUAGCGCAAACAAGGAUACAAUAUAAUGAACAACAGCUUAAUCAAUUAAUAUAUCAGCAUCUCAUUUCAAAAGGUUUGUUUGAAACGGCUAAUAUGUUACAUAGAGAAGCAAGUUUAGAAUCAUCUGCAAUUAUGAGAUCUACAAUAACAUAUCAACCAUUUACAUACCGAAAUCCUACGAACGUAACCCCGAGAAAUAGUUUUUCUCCUGGUGCUCCCGUCAACUUAUACAACACAAGCAGAUGUACGCAAAGAGAAGCCAGAAAUAAUGCUACCCCCACAUCAUCUCGAUUUAUAUCUCAUACGGGUGCUUGCACUGGUUCACCAUCUAUUAACAAUAAUAUUAGAUUAAAACUUGCGGACUGCCUGAAUCAAAAUGUUAUUUCGAACAAUGUGAAUCAACCGAUUAAACUACAAAUUAAUCAGAAAAAAUCAAUGUCGUCCGAUAAACAACUUCUAGUCCCAACUAGUUAUCAAUCUACGAUACAACCAAUCAGUUGUAGAUCUUUACAAAAACAGAUCUCUAGAGAUCCUGGAGGUGGUGGAGGGCCUGGGGUAGCUACUUCUAAUUUAUCUGUUACUCUUGAUUCUAUUAUUACGGAAUAUUUAACGAAUCAACAUGCACUUUGUAAAAAUCCUAUGGUAACAUGUCCACAAUUCAAUCUUUUUGAGCCACACAAGUGCCCAGACCCAUGUACAAAAAAUUCUUCACCUACGAACGUAACAGUGAGAUUAGCGAGGCGAGCAUUAGGAAUGGAUAGUAGAACGUUAGAUAGAAGAUACAUCUACAGCCGCUUCUGUCCUGUAAAAACUUUUCGGCCUACCGACGCGGGAGGAAUAUUCACUUGUUGUUCUUUCUCGCCUUGUACACAAUAUCUCAUUUUGGGCACCCAUGCCGGAGACAUCAAAAUGUUCAAUAUUCAUACAGGCAUGGAGGAAGCAACUUAUCAGUGUCACGAAUCAUAUGUAUAUCAUAUGGAAUGUAACCAACGUGGUAAUCUCCUGUUGACGUCAACUGCUUGGAGAACUCCUAUGUCAGCACUUUGGGAUAUAGGAGCGUUUUUUGAAAUGAAACUGCCUUUAGACAAUGAGGAUUAUGUUGAAUUUGGAAAGCUGCAAGAUAGAAUAAUUGGUACACAAGGAGAAAGUGCAACGAUAUAUGAUAUAGGAACGGGAAAAUUAUUAACGACCUUGACGCCAUCGAUUUCUAAUCAGUACACGAAGAAUCGUGCAACUUUUAGUAUGAAUGAUGAAUUGGUGCUUAGCGAUGGCAUAUUGUGGGACGUGAAUUCGGGCAAGGAAAUCCAUAAAUUCGACAAACUGAAUCAAACGUUAAACGGAGUCUUUCAUCCAAACGGGACUGAAGUUGUGUCCAACACCGAAGUAUGGGACUUGAGGACAUUUCACUUACUUAAGACAAUUUCUACCCUCGACGAGAUGGAAGUGAUUUUUUCACCGAUCAAUAAUAUUAUAUACGCAGUUGCAUUAGAUCAGGAUACUGAAAGCGAUUCUCAUUACGUGACUUCUUUUAAGACUCUAGACGCUUUAGAUUAUAGCAAUAUUGCAACUUGCGAUGUAAAAAGAGGAAUUUACGGUCUUGCCUGUAACAAAUUCGACACGCAGAUUGCUAUAGUGGAGAAUAUAGGAGAUUUUUCAAGCAUACAGGAAUCAUGCGUUAGAUUAUACGAUGUUGGAAGACGAAGGGACGACGAGGAUGAAGCCGAUGAAGAUGACGAAGAGGAAGAUCUCGAUGCCAGCGAUGAUGAUGGCUCCAAUUCUGCAUCUGAUGAUAAUAAUGCAGAUGAUGGUGAUAAUGCUGAUGCUAGUGUAGAGGACAACGGCGAUGAUAACGAUCAAAAUGACAGGGAAAAUAAUGACGACGACGGCGACGACGAAGAUGGCGGGGAUGGAGAUGAUUCUGGGGACGAUAGCGCAGAUUACGAUCCUAGUGUCGAUAUUCAUGACCUCUCCGACGAAUUUUCUUUAUCCGACAUAGAUGAUUUGGAGAUAUAUUUUUCAUGAAUAUCAU